GGGGGGGGGGGGAGAAGAAGGAGAAAAACACAGACAUCAACAUAACCUCAGGAUCGCGUGAUACGGUGAUAACUAGGGAAUUUCCUUCAAGUUAUAAGCUGCAGAAAGCUAACAAUGCUUUUGUUUUGUCCGACCUGUGGCAAUACACUAGUUGCUGCAGAGGGUUCAUCUCGUAUGAAGUUCCAAUGCAGUACUUGUCCUUUUAAAUAUGAUGUGCAAAAAUUGAUUUCAAGAAAGACAUAUCCAAAGUUAAAGGAGCUCGAUGAUGUACUUGGAGGAGCUGCAGCAUGGGACAAUGUUGACUCGACUGAGGAGCGGUGUCCUAAAUGUUCUCAUUCUAGAGCAUACUUUAUGCAGAUUCAAACAAGAUCAGCCGACGAGCCAAUGACCACAUUCUAUAAAUGUUGUAAUCAUCAAUGUGGUCACAGAUGGCGAGAAUGAUUGAAUACAAAUUGGAAAGACUCUUUCAUUAGUAAAUAAUUUUUAGCAUAAUUUUACUCUUACAUCUUAAUUUUAUAUUUUGUGAAUAUGACUAUAAUGAGUUAUUUCUGUGUUCCUCUCAUUUCGAUUCUGCUAUAUUUGUAAACUCUUCAUAUCAUCUUCAUUAUGUUCAGAAUUUCAAAGAUAAGCAUGAAAAUUGAAA